AUGGUAAAUGGUUCCGAGGACAUGUUGUUCUAUAUUGCCCCAGGCGCAAAACGAACUAGAUCCAAUCGAAACAAAUAUCAAUUGUAUAGAAAUGAUGCACUACAAGAUUUCGAUGGAACACGGUUCUUUCCACAAGUGAUCGUAAUAAAUACAGACAGUGCUACAACACCGAGACCCUCACCGCCAGUAUCAAUACAACCACCCUCACCGCCACCACCACCGCCACCAAAUGGAACAUCACCGCCUCCUCCACCCACAACGACUGGAACACCACCCGGAUCACCACCUGCGCCACCACCUCCGGCAGCUCCAGCACCACCCACACCUGUAGUUGCAACACGCCUAGGACCAAAUCGCUUGAGUGUAAUCAACAAUGCCGCCGCAACAAAUAAUAAUCCCCUCAAUGGAACUUUUAUUAUUUUAAGUCAACAAAAUUCACAGAAUCUGGAUUCGGAUAGUUUAGCAUACCUGCAAUGGCUUCAAUUACAAGCGCUCAUAGCCAACGCUCAACUCAACGCACAACAAAAUCUAAUACCCAUUCUAGAUACUAAUUCGCUGCUAUCUUUAAUGGCUCAGAACAUUAGCAAUACGGGACGAUCCCAAGAACAUCGAAGGCAAGGAAAACGAAAACAACGCAAAAGGAAAUUAAAAAAGGUGCACGAAGAACUAGACCUAAUCGAAACAGAUACCAAUUUGGUGAUUGUAAAUAAGCCCUCAAAUGGUACUGUAAAUAAUCCAACUUUGCCACCUCCACCAACUCCUCCUCCACCGCCGCCACCUCCUCCUCCACCGCCACCACCUCCUCCUCCUCCGCCACCACCACCUCCUCCACCUCCACCACCUCCACCACCGGGUCCAGCUCCUCCCCCUCCUCCUCCACCACCACCACCUCCACCGGGACCACCAGCAGGACCACCGCCAGCAGCCGCACCUGCAGUGGCAAAUCGCAGAAAGCCCCAACCGUCGAAUAUGAUAAACAAUCCCGUUUCGGCCCAUAAUAAUCCCUUUAAUGGAGCAGUUGUUGUAUUAAGUCCAGGUCUACAAUCUCUAAAUUCCAAUAAUAUUGCCGAUUUACAAAGACUCCGAUUGCAAGCGAUCAACUCAAACUCAAAUACCCAUGUCCAGUCACAACAAACCUUUAUACCUGACCUUAAUUCAAAUUCUUACUUUUCGCUAAUCGCACAGAACAGUGGCAAUUCAGGACGAGCCCAGCGUCAUGGUGGUAGAAAACGGAAACAACGUGUUAGGAAAAUGCGAAAAGUGAAACGAAAGCGAUUCUAUUAA